AUGAGAUGCUCUUUAGCUGCGCAGGAGCUCGCUCCCUUCCUUCGUUCUCGCCCCUCGGGGCGUAUUCCCGCUUUCUUCUUGAAGAAAUUCACAUCCUCAGGCGAAGGGGCCUGUUCGCUCCUCGCUCUGAACGCGCAAUGUCGUCCAGCGUCAAGUAAAUUCUUCCCUCCCAAGAGUCCGCGGGGCUUCGAGCACUGCGGCCUGCAGGGCUCGCCCUCUCCUGAUCUGCUGCUGCCUCACUGUCUAGCCACCCCCUAUCCUCUGCGGCGCCUCUCGAGUAGCCCACACUCGGCCUCGUUGUCAGAAAGCCCUUCGCCCUCCGCUCCAGCGCCCUCUCUGGCUUCUGCCGCGUCGCCGUCGCGCGCUCUGGCCUCGAAGUGUAUCAAAACUCGCGCGGACGACUCCUGGCCAGCGUCGCCGGCAGCGGCCUCAGCUUCAAGCUGCGCAGAACGCGUUGAACUGCCAGGGGAGGAGGCGAAAGACGACGUUUUGGGGGCUCCGCCAGAGUUUACAAGCGUUCUGGACGGUUCCCCGGAGGGAAAACCUCGCGAAGCGGGCAUCUCCUGUCUCAAAGCAAGGUGUAGGACCAGAGCUGUGACUUGCGAGGGAGAGACCGCCGGCAGCUUGUCUGCGGACGCCGCUGCUGCAGCGCCGCCGAGAGGCGGUGCGACAACCUCUCCCUUCUUCUUCAGAGUCGCCGCCGAAAACGAAACGGCGCAGGCGUGGAGGGACAAAGAAGUUCGCACUGCGGGGGAGCUCAGCCUGGCGUCACGAAGCGCAGGUCUAGCUGAGAGCCGGUUGUUGCCUUCGGAGGUCUCCGCCUCAGCAGCAGCUUCACGAAGCUGGGGCCCGGUCGCUGGCCGCGAGCGCGGCCUUUCUCAACUCGUAGACUGCGAGGCGGCGCUGGCGUUUGCAGCCCUUCCGCAGAUUCGCUGCCAUUCAGUGCUGGAGGGCGCCUGCCCUGGACUCCUCUCGCAGGUCCCACGGGAGCGCGCGAGCCUUCGCGCGAACAGGGAGGGCUUGACACCGUCGGAAAGAGACCGACGCGACCGGAAGGAAAGGCGAGCCGCGGAACUGCAAGAAGGCGGUGCGGAGUGCUCUCGCGCAUUGCCGAUGCCGUCGCAUGCAGGGCGCCGUGAAGAAGAGACAGGUCUUCACCUGCCUGGACAAGAGCGGGACUUCGACGGGUACUACUGCUGGAAUCGCAAUCCCUCGGCUCGCUACCCGAAGAAGGGCAACAAAGGCUGCAGACCUGUGUGCAGGGCGAUGAGAAAAAUAAGGAAGCGUCUGAAGACUGGAAGAUAA